CCCCCCCCCCUCUGUUGGGGUUUCCCUAUCAAGAUUAUUAUGUCCUUGUCUGUGUGCAAGAAAUUGAAAGAGAGAGCAGGAGACGUCAGGGUUUGAAAUCUCGCAACAACCUUUUGUCGAAAAGUCUCAGUGGGGCACCGUUGAUGUUGAGGCUUUUCAGCUAUUGGGUUCCAGCCCACUCUUUCUUCACUUGUAAGUGAUCGGAGUUGACAAAAAGAAUCCUAUCUUUUUCGUUGUUCACGGCAUUGAGUUCUCUAACAUCUGAUCUGGGUAUUCAACAAACACCUACAAUCUCAGUGGUUUUAGCGUUUGCUUCGUUUUGAAGUCACCGGGUGGGUACCUUACUUCGAUUUCUGAGGUGUUUUGGGAUGUGGGUUUUGAAUCUUUUUCCUUUGUGGUUUCUUCUUUCUUUCUAAAAUUUGAAGUGCUAGUCCAACACAGCAGUGUGAAACUAGUGUUUUGGAGUCCUUGAUGUCUGCGGUCUAGGGUACUCGGUUUCAUGUGGGGACUGCGGAUCUCAUUCUGUUUUUCCUGGUGCUGAUUGCUUCACUUGCAAGUUGUUGAUUGGUUGGACUUGGGGUCCUUUUUGUGGACUUCUCAUGUGUUUUUUGGGUUCUGGGUCUGGAGUUUCUUCUUUCUUCCUGUAUGGGGGAGUGGUUUUUUUCUUUUUUGUGAUUAAACUAAGCCCUUCAUUUACGGUCUAGGGAUCUAAUUUUAAGUGGGUGUAGGGGAUCUCAAUAGGCCUCAGCUGUAAUUAUUGUUGCUUCACUUGCAAGUGGUUAUUUGGACCUUUUCUGGCUCCUGAGUUAUGGGGUAUAGGGUUGGCAAAGCCUCUUCAUUUCAGUUCCUUCUCACUUCUCAAGAGCAGUCCACUCUUUAUCUUUCAAACUGAACCAAGUUUUUUUUGGCUUUGGUUUGAGUUGGGUUAAUAUCUCCUUUGGUUUCAGUAAUGGUGGGGCUGGGGUUUAUUCCAGUGACUUUCCUCCACUGGGUAUUCUUGGCUUGUUUCAUCUGCUCAUGUUUGGAUCUUGGAACCCCUAGCCAAACCUGCGAUCCCAAUGAUUUGCUAGCUCUGAAGGAAUUUGCAGGGAACCUCACAAAUGGGUCCAUUAUCUCCUCAUGGUCUAAUGAAUCCAUUUGUUGUGAAUGGGACGGUAUUGAAUGUGGUAAUGGAUCAUCUGCAAAUAAAGUGAUUAUGUUGAAUUUAUCCACAAAAGGCUUGACAGGGGUGAUUUCAGGCUCUUUAGGCAGUUUGGAUCAGUUGAAACUGCUUAAUCUUUCAUGGAAUCAUCUAGAAGAUGGAUUACCGGCAGAGUUUUCGAAUUUGACAAAGCUUGAAGUUCUUGAUUUGAGCCAUAACCUGCUAACAGGACCUGUGUCAGGUUCACUUGGUGGAUUGAACUCCAUUCAAUCACUGAAUAUAUCUUGCAAUUCGUUCACCGGGGAGUUGGUCGAUUUUAUCGGAGUAUUUCCAAAUAUUGCUGUUCUCAAUAUCAGCAGCAAUUUAUUUGCUGGUGGAUUGAGUUCUCAAAUAUGCAAUUCUUCUAAGAAGAUUCAGAUUCUUGAUUUAUCAAUGAACCAAUUGGCAGGCGGGAUCGACAGCAUAGGCAAUUGCAGCAAAUCUCUACAGAAGUUGCAUUUGGAUGGAAAUUCACUCUCAGGCCAAAUUCCAGACUCAUUGUAUUCAAUAUCAUCUCUGGAGCAGCUUUCAAUCUCUGCCAACAAUUUUUCUGGCCAACUAAGCCAGAAACUCGGUGAGCUUUCAAACCUCAAGACCUUGAUUAUUAAUGGAAACCGAUUCUCAGGUCCCCUUCCAAAUGUAUUUGGGAACCUAUCACAACUAAAACAGUUAACUGCAAAUUCCAACUCAUUUUCUGGAUCAUUGCCUUCUACCUUGGCACUUUGUUCUAAUCUAAGGAUGCUUGAUCUUCGAAACAAUUCUCUAUCUGGCCCUAUCAAUCUUGAUUUCACCGGGUUGCCUUAUCUCUGUACACUUGACCUUGCAACAAAUCAUUUCUCUGGUCCCCUGCCGAAUUCACUUUCUAGUUGUCACAAAUUGAAAACAUUGAGUCUUGCCAGAAAUGCUUUGACUGGCCAAAUUCCUGAAAACUAUGCAAACCUCAGUUCCCUUGAGUAUGUAUCUUUGUCGAACAACAGUAUUGCAAACUUAUCCAGCGCACUGUCAGUGUUGCAGCAUUGCAAUAAUCUCACCACUCUAAUCCUAACCGAAAACUUUCAUGGAGAAGAAAUCCCAGAAAUUGAGAUUGGUUUUGAAAGCUUAAUGAUUUUUGCACUCGGUAAUUGUGCUCUUAAUGGGAAAAUCCCAAUUUGGCUUCUAAAUUGUCCUAAUUUGGAAGUUCUUGAUCUUUCAUGGAACCUUUUGAAUGGUAGCAUCCCUCCUUGGAUCGGUGAGAUGGAUAGUUUGUUUUACCUGGACUUCUCGAAUAACUCUCUCACGGGAGAAAUUCCUAUAAGUUUGACAGAACUCAAGAGCCUUAUUUACGUGAGCAACAGUUCAUCCAACCUUACCACUUCCACUGGGAUCCCACUGUACGUUAAGCGAAACCAGAGUUCUAAUAGUCUGCAAUACAAGCAGGCUUCAAGUUUCCCUCCGUCAAUCUACCUGAGCAAUAACAAACUACACGGGACGAUUUGGCCUGAAAUUGGGCAGUUAAAACAGCUCCAUGUCUUGGAUUUGAGCAGGAACAACAUAACUGGAACCAUCCCUAGUUCCAUAUCUGAUAUGAGUAACUUGGAAGUUUUGGAUUUGUCAUGCAAUGAUCUUUAUGGAUCAAUUCCUGCAUCAUUUAAUAAGUUGACAUUCCUGUCAAAGUUUAGUGUGGCCAAUAAUCAUUUACAGGGAACAAUUCCAACUGGGGGCCAGUUUCUAAGCUUUCCCGAAUCGAGUUUUGAGGGUAAUCCUGGACUCUGUGGGACAAUAGACUCCCCUUGUAGUGUUGUUGACAAUACAGGCCUUCAACCAACUAUCCCUUCUGGUUCAAAUCAAAAACUUGGUCGAAGCAGCAUUCUUGGAAUUGCAGUUGGUGUAGGAGUUGGCUUUGCAUUGCUCAUGGCCAUUGUUCUGCUCAAGAUGUCAAGGAGGAAAAUCGGAAAUCCGACUGAAGAUUUGGGGGGAGAUAUUGGGAGGCCACACAGGUUAUCUGAAGCACAUGGGUGUUCAAAGUUGGUGUUUUUUCAGAAUUCGUACUGUAAGGAUAUUACAGUUGCAGACUUGUUGAAAUCUACUAGCAAUUUUAACCAGGAAUACAUAAUUGGAUGUGGAGGAUUUGGUCUAGUUUACAAAGCCAACCUUCCCAAUGGUGUAAAAGCAGCAGUCAAGAGGCUUUCUGGGGAUUGUGGGCAAAUGGAACGUGAAUUCCAAGCCGAAGUGGAAGCUCUCUCAAGAGCUCAGCACAAGAACCUUGUUUCUCUUCAGGGAUAUUGUCAACAUGGAAAUGAACGGUUAUUAAUCUACUCAUACAUGGAGAAUGGUAGCUUGGAUUAUUGGCUACAUGAAAGGGUUAAUGGGGGUUCACUUCUCAGGUGGGAUACAAGACUCAAGAUUGUUCAAGGAGCUGCAUAUGGGUUGGCUUACUUACACAUGGAGCCUAAUAUAAUUCACAGAGACAUAAAAACUAGCAACAUUCUUUUGGACGAGAAAUUCGAAGCUCAUUUAGCUGAUUUUGGUCUAUCAAGGCUACUUCGUCCCUGCGAUACCCAUGUAACCACAGAUUUGGUGGGAACUUUAGGGUACAUUCCUCCUGAAUAUAGUCAAACAUUGACAGCUACUUUCAAGGGUGAUGUUUACAGCUUUGGAAUUGUUAUUCUUGAGCUUCUUACGGGUAGGAGGCCCGUGGAGGUUUGCAAGGGGAAGAAUUGCAGGGACUUAGUGUCGUGGGUGUUUCAGAUGAAAAAUGAGAAGAGGGAGGAGGAGAUUUUUGAUUCGUUGAUAUGGAACAAGAACUAUGAGAAGCAGCUUCUGGAAGUGUUUGGUGUUGCUUGUAAAUGCUUAGACCAUGACCCAAGGCGGAGACCUUCAAUUGAUCAAGUUGUUUCAUGGCUUGAUGGAGUUUGAACAGAGGGUAUAAGAGAACAAUAUCGUUAACUGCCGGCUCUCCAUGGAGCAAAUUUUCUGUUUGAAUCGCAAAGAGGUCAGUAUAACUGUAAAGCAAAGCAAUACUAUUUCAGGUUUCUUUUUUCUUUGGUACGGAAAUAGCGUCGAUUGAUUUUGAUUCAGAUAUAGACAAUGCUUUGGUGCUGUAUACUAGGAAUAUGUAGGCAUUUCUUCUUACUUGGGAUAAUCGAAAGUUUCUAAUUUUGUAUAUUCUUUUCUGAUAUAUUGCUGUUUAAUGACUUGUGAAAAUGAAAUCUCCCUUUGUACUUUGAUGGCUGUGAAAAUACAGCUCUUGUUUUUUUCCC